UGUAUAUAAAAGUCACCAGGCGAUGUUAAUAGGUCAUUAGUUCUAAUAAACUUCAUCAAUUACUAAACAUGUUCGCUAAGGUUGUUGUUCUUUGCUUCACUGUGGUUGCUGUUCAAGCUUCCAACAUUGUCAGCCAUGUUGGUCUAGGUGCGCCAUUAAUCAGUUCUGGUCUCCAUGGCAUCGCUACUAAAUCUGUCUUGGUCGCUCCUGCCAAUAUUGCUACUCAAAAGGCUGUCAUCAACCACGUCGCCCCAGUUGCUCAUGGUGCUCCCGUAGCUAUUAGUUACGCUGGUCAUGGUUUAGUUGCUGGACAAGGCAUCGCUGCCGCUCCUGCUACCAUUGCUACACAAAAGGCUGUCAUCAACCACGUCGCCCCAGUUGCUCAUAGCGCUCCCGUAGCAAUUAGUUACGCUGGUCAUGGUUUAGUUGCUGGACAUGGCAUUGCAGCCGCUCCUGCUACCAUUGCGACACAAAAGGCUGUCAUCAACCACGUCGCCCCAGUUGCUCAUAGCGCUCCCGUAGCAAUUAGUUACGCUGGUCAUGGUUUAGUUGCUGGACAUGGCAUCGCUGCCGCUCCUGCUACCAUUGCUACACAGAAGGCUGUCAUCAACCACGUUGCCCCAGUUGCUCAUGGUGCUCCCGUAGCAAUUGGUUACGCUGGUCAUGGCUUAGUUGCUGGACAUGCCAUUGUAGCCGCUCCUGCCACCAUUGCUACACAAAAAGCUGUAAUCAACCACGUUGCCCCAGUAGCUCAUUAUGCUCCAGCUAAAAUAGGACACGGAUUACUCGCUAUGCCUGUUCUUGCUGUUAAAGGAAUCCAUGCCGUUCCCGCAACAGUUGCUACUCAAAAAGCUGUUGUUAACCAUGUUGCUCUCGCCAAUCAUCAUGUGGCCGCAGUCCCUGUUGCUGCUCCCGCUGCCAUUGGAUACGGUAGUCAUGGACUCGUUGCUGGUCUCGGUCUUAUCGGAGCUCCUUUAGCUUCAGGACAUGGUUUGCUUUGAUCUUCGUACGACCUUUGCUAUAAAACUACUCAUUUCAUCUUAGUAUUAGGAAAAGCUAUUUUAUACAUUAUUAAUUUUUGAACAUACUGUAAAAUAGGACUAUAUAAAUAAAAUAUUUAUUUUUGAAAA